AUGGCGUCCGCGCCCUAUGAACGCCGCUUGGCCGGUGGUGGAUUCUCGCAGGCUCAAACCACCAACCAGCAAGGGCCAGGCUUUGACGAAAGGCCGGCCGGAAGAAUGCCCAAGAUUGUCCUGGAGCCCACUCCCAGGAACCAACAAGCGUACAACGAGGUUAGACGGCAGCACGAGGGAAAGAGACUCCGCGCGCACGUGAGCCCAAACACUCGGCAAACACAUCUGCAACCAGCCGGGACCAUGGAUACGUGGAGUACCACAGACGGAAGUGGACUCAGCCCCAGCACAAGCCGAUCAGUUUACUCCGAUAACACGGAGUCGUCGCAGCUCUCCCCUUCACCAGCUGCAACGGCAAAUCUCUCCGCAGAUGGCGUUGCUGGUCGCAAAUCCCGCGGCAAGAGAGGGAGAGCCUUAGGGUGGGACGUGAGAUUUCAAGCUGCACUUUUGCGGAGACUCGACAUCGUGUGCGAGUUGCACAAACGGAAAAAGGUCAGAUGUGAUUGCUAUGACUUCUCAUUAUUAGAAGCCUGCUGGAACAAGAACCGGGCUCAAUCUGCGCCUAGCCAACAAUCCCCUGGGACUGGUCACCGGGCAUCACAUCCUACACACAGCACUACUGAAAAUGCGGUCCUCCACGCAAGUGGGCCUGAUAUACACAUCACCACCGUCGACGAUCCGAUAAUGAUGGUAGACACGGACAAUCCUACAGGUUCAGCCGCACGUGGCCUCCAAGAAUUUCUCGGACUUUUUGGCCCAGGCCCGGUGCCGUCCAACCAUUCCGUGCCCACGUCAGCUCGCCGAACAUUCUUAUCCACAGCAAACUCCUUCGCGGAUCCUAGCUUGCAACCGACCUUUUCGCAAAACAAUGCUAUCCUUGUCGGCGACGAGCAACGUUAUUCCCCUCGCGAAACAUACUGGACGUGCGCCGACCAGAACUGGACGCGCAGAGAGUCGAGAAUUAUUGGAUAG